CUAUAUCUUCAUUUUUUUUCAGGGAAUAGCUCGCCUCUCUUCAGCAGCUUCCGUAAAUGGUAUUACGGUCUGUGUGGAUUUAAUCAGCUUGGACUAAGGAGAGAUGACACACUGAGGAGUAAUCCCAUGGUUGAAGAGGCAAUCAGACGGCUACCUGAAGAGGAGUACAAUGCUAGAGUCUUCAGGAUAAAGCGUGCUCUUGAUCUUUCCCUCAAGCACUCCAUCCUUCCCAAAGAACAUUGGACAAAGUUUGAAGAGGAUGAGAGGUAUCUCAAACCCUAUCUGGAUGAAGUCGAAAGGGAAUUCUCUGAGAGGGCGGAAUGGAACAAACGUUAACACCACACCGAUAUCUCCUGUUGUACAAAGCUUUAUCAUAAUAAAUGAUAAUAUUAAAGAAUGAAUAUUACUUUUUGUAAAUGAUGCUGAUGGUAAUAUAUGGCAUUGAAAUGUAUCUCAGCAUUGUUUUUCUUACAAAAUAAUGCAAUAUUUGAAUGUAUUGAUAUGUAUGUUGUGAAAGAAGAACUCCUAACUUUGACACAUUUAUGAUUUCAAACCAUCAAUCCAUUGAUUCAUUUUUGGCAUUACGAUCUAAUACAGUAUCUGUCCGUAUACACAAUUACAUGGGACAUUUUGCAGCUCUGAAGAAUCUUGUAGAAAUGUCUAAAUGUGACUGCCAUGGAAACUGUCCAACAAUAUUUUGAAUCAUCUGAAGACAAGUCUAGCUGAACUUUUACAGAAUUACAAACUCACAUAAAAAUUGAUUUCUUUGAAAUUAUAUCAUGUACAUUUUCCCCAAAAAUUUUUAGGCUUUCAAAUGUUAUAAUAGUUAGGGCAACUUUGGCAUUAUCAUAUGAUGAUGUUUAUAUAGUGCUACAUGCCUUGUUCAAUUUAUAAAUCUUAAUUCUUGCACCACUUACUAACUUGUAUUGUACCACAACCUUACCUUGUCUUGGCUCAGUGGUCUGUGUGAAAUAUGAAUUUUGAAAAUGUAAGAUACUUUGGAAGUGAGAUAAAAUAAAGUUGUUUCUUCUACUCUUCCCAUUA